AUGGUCCGUCUCAAGUCGCGGUAUAUCUUAUUUGAGAUCAUCUACCCAGAACCUGCAGAGUUUUUCUACAGAAGUCGCAAAGAUGCGAUACUUGCCCUCCACCGCCCCUGCGAUGCCAAAAUCACACCCAAGUUGCUGGUUCAGGAAAUAAAAACGGCUCUUCAAAAUAAUUUUGGAGACUACGGUCUCUCGAUGGCCGUCUCACUAUCAAUAAAGUACUUUUCGAAUCGCACAAGCACAGGAAUAAUAAGAAUACACAGGGAUAAUGUGCGAUAUAUUGUUGCUGCUCUCACUUUAAUUCGUCAGCUGCGCGGGCAGGACGUGAUCAUCAAAUGCUCAGCUGUAAGCGGUUCGAUCAAAAAAUGCGAGGAUAAAGCGAUCGAGCUCUCUAAACAACUGAUGGUAGACGUUAACUUACUUGAAUUGUUCGAAGACGAAGACGAAAAAUAG